AUGCCCGGUGCCUUAAAAGAUCAUCAAAGAACUUUCCUCGAUUUAGCCUUAGAAUCCCAAGCAUUAAGAUUUGGGUCUUUCACUUUGAAAUCAGGUAGACGAUCACCAUAUUUCUUUAACCUAGGUUUGUUCAACACGGGGAAACUACUAUCUAAUCUAGCAACAGCUUAUGCUACUGCCAUUAUACAAUCAGAAUUGAAAUUCGAUGUCAUUUUCGGACCUGCUUAUAAGGGUAUCCCCUUGGCAUCAAUUGUAUGUGUUAAAUUGGCAGAAAUUGGGGGAACAAAAUUUCAAGAUGUUCAAUAUGCAUUUAAUAGAAAAGAGGUCAAGACUCAUGGUGAAGGUGGGAAUAUUGUCGGUGCAAAUUUAGAAGAUAAGAAAAUUUUAAUCAUUGAUGACGUUAUGACUGCAGGAACUGCUAUCAAUGAAGCAUUUGAUAUUAUUGCUGAUGCUAAGGGAAGAGUUGUUGGAACAAUUAUUGCCUUAGAUAGGGAAGAAGUGGUGAAUACAGAUGGACCUGCCAGUGAAAGAUUAAGCGCCACACAAACUGUCAGUCAAAAAUAUGAUAUCCCUGUCUUAAGUAUUGUCUCAUUAACAAAUGUUAUUGAUUAUCUGGAAGGAAGAAUUACUCCAGAGGAAAAACAACAAAUCAUUGAAUACCGCCAAACAUAUGGAGUUUAG